AUGCUUUCUAAUUCCAUUCGUUUACAUAAUGCUCUAUAUAGAGGUUCAAUUAGCUCAUUUCUCAAGAGAUCAUUUUCAAAAUCAAUCGUUACUCAUAUACAACAAGCCAAAACUUCACAUCAAACUCAAUUAGAGAUAGCUAGAUCAAAAUUUACCCCACAUGAAUUAGAAUUAGCUAGAUUAACGAGGGAUGCUAAAUUAGGUUGGCUCAAAAACUUACCUAAAGCAUGGAUACCUUAUUUGGAGUUAAUGAGAUUGGAAAAACCAGUUGGAACUUGGCUUUUAUUAAUUCCAAGUUAUUGGGGCAUAACAAUGGCUGCUUAUUCAAUUGCAGCACCACUUACAACUACAUUAACUGCAAUUGGAUUAUUUUCUGCUGGUGCUUUGAUUAUGAGAGGUGCUGGCUGUACAAUUAAUGAUAUAUGGGAUAGAAAUUUGGAUAAUCAAGUUGCAAGAACUAUGGAAAGACCAAUCACAAGUGGGAGAGUAACUGUUCCUCAAGCUGUUGCAUGGUUAGGUGUUCAAUGCUUUGCUGGAUUAGGUGUUUUGUUAAGUUUACCUUGGGAAUGUUUUUAUCUUGGAGCUUUAUCAUUACCUUUUGUAUUUGCAUAUCCAUUAUUUAAAAGAUAUACUUAUUAUCCACAAGCUGUAUUGUCAAUUUGUUUCAGUUGGGGUUGUUUAUUGGGUUUCCCAGCUGUUGGUGCACCUUUAAAUUUAUUAGUCGCUGUACCUCUUUUCAUAUCAAAUUGGAUUUGGUGUUUGACGUACGAUACAAUUUAUGCUCAUCAAGAUAAAAAAUUUGACAUUAAAGCCGGUAUAAAAUCAACUGCUUUAGCAUGGGGAGAUAAAACAAAACCAAUUUUAAAAGGAUUGACAGUAGCUCAAGCUGGUUUUUACGGGUUAGCAGGUAUAAUGAACUCAAUGGGUCCAGGAUUUUUCAUUGGUGGUGCAAUUGCUAUUACAAGACUAUAUAAACAAAUCAUAAAUGUUGAUUUAGACAAUGAAAAAAGUUGUUGGAGUGCUUUUACUUCAAAUAUUCAAACUGGUUUUAUAUUUUGGUAUGGAAUAUUAUUUGAUUACAUUUUAUUACUUUUGGGUAUAUUAUAG